GACCAGAGCACCCGAAACAAAAAGAUCCUCCCAUCGCUAGCUCCCAUCGCAUCCUCCCAAAGCCCCAAACGCACGCACGCGCGCGCGCACCUGCAGCUGCCGCGUAGCCAGCCAAUCUCGCUCGCUUAAACAAAACCCACCCAAAUUUAAGCAAUCCCGACCCAAGAGGGAACCAGACGAUGGAUGGGAGAUUCUUUAAAUCUAUUUUAGUGCAAGAUUGAAGAUUCACAAAAACAGCCACAUAUUAGCUGUUGGUGCGUGCAUGCGCGCCGUUGGAAAUUCCGCUUCGCUUUGCCGCCGCGUCCGCCUCGUCGUCCCCUCCUCCUCGUCAAUCCAUCCAAUCCUCGUGGCCGUGCCCAGGGACCGCGCGGCGCCGGCGACGUGCGCGGGGAGAUGAGGUUAGGUGAAACGAGACCGUGGGCAUGAGGUGCAAGAAGCACCCGUACCAGGUCGGCGGCGGCGUCUGCGCCACGUGCCUCCGCGACCGCCUGCUGGCGCUUGCCGCGGCCCAGAACGGUGCGUCCUCGUCCCCGCCACCGCAGGCCCCUCCGGCGCCCGAGCCCGUGGCGUUCCCGAGGUCGGUGUCGCCGUACGUGUCCCGCAGGAAGUCCGACGCGUCGGGUGGCGCGCUCAGGCACCACCCGAGCCUGCUAUUCUUAAGGACGCCGCAGGUGGGCCCCGCCGCCGGCGUGCUCGUGGAGGGCGACAUAGGCUACGAGUACGAGAAGCGGCGCGCCGGCAAGUUCUCCGUGCUCGCCACGCUCUUCGGCCACCACCAUCACCACAGAUCAGAGGAGAAGGAGAAGGGAAGCUCCAAGGAGCAUAAGAAACGUUCUUGGCUCGCCGGGAUCAUGCCGCGCCGCCACAAGAAGCAGGCCCCGGCGGCCGCCUCGGCCUCUCCGCCGUCUCCCCCGCCGAGGCGAUCCUGCCGCGUCGUCAGCAACCGGGGUCUCUCGCCGGAGAGAGGCAGCCACGGCGGCAGCGGCGAGGAGAGCAGCUCGCCCGCGGAUCCCCCGUGGCGGCCGUUCCCUUCCCCGAUGCGGAGGACACCGUGCCGGCGCCGCCAGACGAACAGUAUGCCAUCGGGCUUCGCCGUCUGCCUCAGCCCGCUUGUGCGGCCCAGCCCGGGGCGCCGCCACCGCGCCGUCCAGCCGCCGGACCCCGGCACUUUCUCCUGCGAGCUCCGGCCGUCGCCGCUCCACAGCCUCUCCUCCGCCGCCUCCAUUACACGCUGCCGCUCCAAGAAGCUCGCCGACGGUGGUCGCUUCCGGUGAUCUUUUCCAUUUCUAUUUUCACCAUUUUUAUCCCAUGAUCAUCACCACCUAAUCCGGAUUACUAGUCCAUUUUUUAGCUUUUCUUUUCCUGGAUUUACAUUUUUUCUAUCUGUAAAGAAGAGUCUGUAAGAUUGGCAUACUCCAAAGUCCAAACUACUCCGUUGACAUACACUAUUGCUUAGGUUACUACUGCUUGUCAGCCCAACAGUUUGUGGCAUUGUAACGAGCUGUUCCUCAGUAUCGUGUACUACUAUUCAUGUUUGUACGGCUAGCUGUCUAAUCUUGAUUUGCAAAA